CCGGUUAUCAGCCAAACAAGCAGUGUGGUGAAGCAGAACGCGACAAGAAGCACACCACACAUCGCACGCAUCACACAUCACACACAUCAAAUUGCACACCGCGCACCACACAAGCAUCAUGUCGGCGCGUGCGCACGCUGUGAUCGAGCAAGCGGCAGCCACAGGAAGGAUACGGCUGACGGAUCUGGAGCACCGCGUCUUUGCCCUCCUCAUCGAUGUGGUUCAGCGCUUCCAUUUGAAGGACACGUUGCGCGUUGCGGGUGGCUGGGUGCGCGACAAACUGCUUGGCCGUGAGUCCCUGGACAUUGACAUCACCACCGACAGCCUGUCAGGCUCCGAUCUCGCCCUUCACAUCGAACAGCUCCUCAAAGAGAAGAAUGAGAAGGAUGCAGCGCGGUUCAAGAUCUUGCCUGUGCCAGAACAGUCUGCUCACUUGCAGGUGUCCACCAUCAAGCUUUAUGACCUUGAAAUCGACCUCAACGCCCUUCGCACAGAGGUGUACGACCCCGAGAGCCGCAUCCCAAAGGUGUCACCGGGCACCAUCCUGGAGGACACGGCACGUCGCGACUUCACCAUCAACGCCCUCUACUACAACAUCAACCAGGACGCAAUUGAAGAUUUCACCGACACGGGCCUUAGCGAUCUUGACCUCGGCCUCGUGCGCACGCCCGCAGACCCGCUGCGGAGCUUCAAGGAGGAUCCACUGCGCGUGCUGCGGGCGAUCCGGUACACGGGCCGUUACGGCUUCAAGCUCGAAGACGCCGCCAGGCACGCCAUCCUUGACCCGCAGGUGAAGGAAUGUCUGCAGACGAAAGUGAGCAGGGAGCGCUAUGGCAUCGAGGUCGACAAGAUGUUCAAAGCAGACCACCCCCUCGCGUGUCUGUCGCUGCUGUGCAAUCUCGGUCUGUACGAUGUCGUGUUCCACAGCCCGGCAGAGUACCACCGCGACCCUACAAUGCAGAUGGUGCCCUUCCCCUACUUCCCCGUCCCGCUGCGCAUGAUUGAGCCGCGGCUCGUCAUGGAGGCUUCGCUCGAAAUCGCGAACCGCGCCAACAAAUCCAUCGUCGCAAAAGCACAGGACGGCGACCACCACGCCGUUCAGACGGUGCUCCUGUCCGCGUUCUUUUCUCCUCUUUGGGGUUACAUCUGCAGCCAGGACAAGAAGGUGACACACCGGAGCAUCGUGUACCACAUGCUGCGCAGGGGCAUCUGUCUGUCAAAGGCGAGCGCCGAAAUGAUUUGCCACAUGCUCUUCAGCGCACAGCAGUUUGCAGAGGUGUCUCGGCAAGUGUUGAAGUUGUACGUGGAGAAGCACGAGGAAGCUACAGCACCGCUCCCCGACGACCAGCAGCAGACACAGCAGCAACAACAGCAGCAGACACAGCAGCAACAACAGCAGCAGGGCGACGUGGACUUGGGUGACCUGCCCGCGGAUGUGCGAUUGGCCAUUGGAAAAGCAAUGGUGACCGCUGGCGAGCACUGGCGUGACGCAAUCAUCCUCUGCGACGUGUUUGCGCGCCAUUUCCACGCAUUUGUGAUUGAGCGGUACCUCCCAUCUGCACUCCUCAUGCCAUGGAUCGAGAAGUCCGGCCUCGUUGGCUGCUGGACCUGGCGUCCGCUGCUCAGCGGGCGUGACGUCAUGACUAUCCUUGACAUCAAGGGACCCAUGGUUGGGCGCCUCGUGCAACGCAUUUCGGACGAAAUGCUGCUGCAACCGCGCAUGACGCGCGAGGAAUGCGAGCAGUGGCUGAGGGACAACGUGCAAGCCCUCAUGGCAGAGUGUGACGUGGACAAGAAAUGA